AUGCACGAGACAAAUUGCAUAUUUCCCUGCGGUGACAAACACAAUUAAGGAAAUAUGGAGGACCCACCUUGCAAAACACGAUACUUGACUUCCGUGACUUCCCGUCCAUUUUCCCGUUUAAACUUUGAACUCAGAGAGAGAGAGAGAGAGAGAGAGAGAGAGAAUUCAAAGCGGAGCCUUUCAAUCAUCGCUUGUUUGGCCUUCAUUUUUUGGGUGGAAGAUGUUGUCAAAACGUGAAUCUAGGAAGAAGAUUGGUGAAAAUUCUGGAGCUGGGAAGUUAUUAGAUGACAUUGAAACUAUCAGUAAAGCUUUAUACCUGGAUAAAGCCCAGCCCAGAUUGUUAAUGUCUACUGUGAGCAGCCGGUCCAAGUCUGUUGGAAAACCCGAUUUACCCGAACCAAAAUCCAAAAGUAAGGGAGUGAACAAGGAUUUGUUGGAGAAGGAUAGCAAGAAGUCUAUUUGGAGCUGGAAAGGGAUUAAGGCGUUGGCGAAUGUUAGAAACAGAACUUUCAAUUGUUGCUUCUCCCUCCAUGUCCACUCUGUUGAAGGCUUACCGGUGUUGUUUGAUAGCUUUAGCCUGGUUGUGCAUUGGAAGAGACGGGAUGGGGAGAUGAUGACUCACCCAGUUAGGGUUCUUCAAGGGGUAGCUGAGUUUGAAGAACGGUUGACAUAUUCAUGUUCUGUUCACGGGAGCAGAAACGGGCCCCAUCAUUCUGCAAAGUACGAUGCGAAGCAUUUCUUGCUGUAUGUUUCUGUUUAUGGUGCUCCUGAAAUGGAUUUGGGGAAGCACCGGGUGGAUCUUGCCAGGUUGCUUCCACUUACGUUGGAGGAACUCGAAGACGAGAAGAGUUCUGGGAAAUGGACUACUAGUUACAGGUUAUCAGGGAAGGCUAAGGGCGCAACUUUAAAUGUCAGUUUUGGGUAUUAUGUACUUCAUGGGAAUGAUUCUACCAGCAAGGAUGUCUGUGAGAAGCAGGCCACAGAAAGGCGUCCAAGGAGCAUUCCUGCAAUUUCUGGCUCUUCAAGUUGGCCCACAGAAGACAUAAAGGAUCUUCAUGAGGUUUGUGUGUCAAAAUCAGAUCUUUCUAAGUCGGUGAACGUUCUCUAUAGGAAACUUGAUGAAGAGAAGAUAGAUGACUCAGCUAAUGGUAAACAAGAGAAUGGUUUUACCCCUAAUGAUGAUAUUGAGAGUUUAAAACCGGAUUCAAAAGGAAAUUCUGAAAAUGAAUGUGAAACUGGUGAGUUUUUUGUUAUGGGCCAAGGUUUAGAAAUUCCCUUGAAGGAACAGGAGAAACCAGAAACUCUAGCUAUUGAUUCUAUAGAAGGCUGUGUUGAGUCUGACGAUGUUCUUGAGAUUCCUGCUGAACUUCUGGAAAGUGAUCUGGGAUUGGAAGUUCAGAUGAAAUGCACUAAAGAAUCAAUAAUGGAGGAAUUGGACUCUGCAUUGGCAAUCGUCUCCAAGUUGGAAAAUGAAGGAUCUCAUUCUCAAGACGACAAUGAAAUAUCAAAUCUAGAUAGUUACUUGGGCAUUAUUCAAGAAAAUGAUGAUAAGAAAGGGAAAUCCCACAGCUUAGAUGAUAUAACACAAUCUGUGGCUACUGAAUUUCUUGAUAUGCUUGGCAUAGAACAUAGUCCGUUUGGAUUCAGUUCAGAAAGUGAGCCGGAAUCCCCCAGAGAGCGCCUGUUGAGGCAAUUCGAGAAGGAGGCUCUUGAUACAGGUUGUUCCUUGUUCAACUGUGGUGAAAUAGAUACCACGAACACUUCUGGGGACUUUGGUUUCGUCUCAGCCACUAAUUCUUAUGUGGAGGCUUUGCCUAAGAUAGAAACAAAUGAAACAAGAAACAGAACAAAUGCCUCUAUGUUGGAGGACUUGGAGACCGAAGUUCUGAUGCACGAAUGGGGUCUGAAUGAAAGAGCUUUUCAUCAUUCCCCUCCUAAAAGCUCCAGCGGGUUUGGCAGUCCGAUUGAUGUGGAAGCACCAGAGGACCUUAAUGGAUUGCCACCUCUGGGAGAGGGACUAGGCCCCUUUCUUCAUACCAAAGACGGAGGCUUUCUGCGCUCAAUGAAUCCUGCUCUUUUUAAAAAGGCAAAAAGUGGAGGGAAACUCAGCAUGCAGGUGUCUAAGCCGGUGGUGGUUCCAGCGGAAAUGGGGUCUGGUGUCAUGGACAUACUACAGCAUUUGGCCGCCAUUGGUAUUGAGAAACUAUCAAUGCAGGCUAAUAAGUUGAUGCCGUUGGAAGAUAUAACAGGGAAGACAGUGCAACAAAUUGCUUGGGAAGCAGCUUCCAGCUUGGAAGGAUCUGAAAGGCUCGGUGAAUGUGAGGAUAGACAGAACAUGUCGAGUUUUCCAGAUGCAAUUAAAGGGAAUCUGCACGAGUAUGAGCCAAACACCAUUGGCAACAAAGUGGAUACAGAGUACCUUUCCCUAGAAGACGUUGCUCCUUUAGCCACAGAUAAGAUUGAGUCCCUUCUAAUAGAGGGGUUGAGAAUACAGUCUGACAUGUCAAACGAGGAUGCCCCUUCAAACCUAACCCCACAGCCAGCUUUUGAGGGUAUGGUCAGUCUAGGUGGGCCCACGGGUCUGGAAGGAGCGGGCGGGUUACACCUUCUUGACAUGAAAAAUGCAUGUGAGGAUGGCAAUGACAAUGACGUGGAUGGGCUAAUGGGGUUGUCUCUAUCGCUAGAUGAAUGGAUGAGAUUGGACUCAGGAGAGGUCUAUGAUGAUGAUGAGAUCAGCGAGCGUAUGUCGAAGCUGCUUGCUGCUCACCAUGCUAACUCCAUGGACCUGAUACGCGGAGGAUCAAAAGGACGCGGCAAGGGCAGGAAGAAGUCUUUUGGUCUGUUGAGCAAUAACUUCACGGUGGCUUUGAUGGUUCAGCUUCGUGAUCCUUUGAGAGAUUAUGAGCCGGUUGGAAGGCCUAUGCUUGCCCUGGUUCAGGUGGAGAGAGAAUUCCUGCCACCUAAGCCUAGAAUCUACUGCUCAGUUUCUGAACUUAGAAGCAACAAUGGAGAUGGAGAUGAUGGGGAAAAACUGGAAGGAGAAGAAGAGUGUGGGAGUGUGAAAAAAGAGGAAACUGUUGUAACUGAACUGGAGGAACAAAACAUUCCACAGUACAAAAUAACAGAAGUGCACGUCGCGGGUUUGAACAGCGAGCAAGGUAUUAAUAAUAAGGCGACGACGAAGAAGAAGCUGUGGGGGACCACGACUCAGCAACAGUCUGGGUCCCGCUGGUUGCUCGCCAAUGGGAUGGGAAAGAAGAACAAGCACCCACUUAUGAAGACAAAAGCUGCUGCUGGUGGUGGUGGUGGUAGAGCAGCGGCAUUGCCGCCAGCAUCAACCACAGUGCAGCCAGGGGAAACUCUGUGGAGUGUGUCGUCUCGCGUCUAUGGGAGUGGGAGCAAAUGGAAGGAGAUUGCUGCGUUGAAUCCUCACAUUCGGAAUCCCAAUGUCAUCUUCCCGGGCGAAACUGUCAGAUUGAUGUAGAAGAACACUGGUUGAAGGGUGUAGUGAGACAUGUCCAGAAGAGUGAAACGAAGUGUAUGUAUGAAGAAACCUUCGGCCGGGGA